UCUUUAGUUCAUUCAUAGUCUGUGAUCUUCAGCUUUGAGAAAGUGGCUUUCUAAAGUUUUCUUUCCAAAAUUUUGCGUACACAAUUUAAAACGAGCUUUAGCCGUAGUUUCAAGAUACUUGUUAUUUACGGAUAUGUGUUGAGAUUUCAGUUUAGCGUUUAAUAUAAGUGCGGUGGUGAAAAAAUAAAAUAUUUUAGAAAGCAACAUGGAAGCUUUGACAGUUCCGCCAUGAAUGCAAAAUAAAUAGAAAUUGGGAUGUGAAGAAGGUGCGAAGACAAUCAAGCACUUGUAGAAUUUUCAUCAUGUUGAGAGGUGGGCGUGGAGGCCGUCACAGUCCGGAGCUGUACCCCCACACAAUAAAGUGUUCCAGCGCAAGUGACACAAGCUCCGCAUACAGCGGAAGUGACACCAUGACUUCUGUCCACAGCUCUCUCGAUAUGGAUAUGGAAGUUGAUCUCUCUGGACUCUUGGAGUCUAUUGUAGAUUCGGAUGAGGAAGAAGAUUUGGAAGAAAGUAUGGACAGUCUCACAGUACGUGAUGCUGUUCGUGAAUGUCUUGAGAAAGAUCCAAGUGAGAGAACCGAUGAAGAUAUUGAAAUUCUAUUAGAAUUUACUCAACAUUUAAAAGCUUUCACUAAUAUGACACUUACCGUACGUCGAGCUUUAUGUGCUGUAAUGGUUUUUGCAGUUGUUGAAAAAGCAGGUACAGUUGUCAUGAAUGAUGGUGAAGAACACGAUUCAUGGUCAGUCCUUAUCAAUGGACAUGUUGGUAUUGAACAUCAAAAUGGAGAAAUUGAAUACUUGAAUGUUGGUGAUAGUUUUGGGAUGGCUGAAGCCACUCUAGAGAAAUUGUAUCACAGAGGAGUUAUGACCACAAGAUGUGAUGAUUGUCAGUUCGUUUGUAUUACUCAAACUGAUUAUUAUCGCAUACUACAUCAAGGUGAAGAAAACAUAAGGCGUCAUGAGAAUGAAAAUGGUGUUGUUGUAUUAGUUACUGAGUAUAGAGGAGUAGCAGGAGAGUCAGGGCGACAACAAGGUCAUGUAGUAAUAAGAGGAACACCUGAACAUUUGAUGCUACAACUCAUUGAAGACAACUCUCGUGACUCUACAUAUGUGGAGGAUUUCCUCUUGACUCACAGAACCUUCAUAGAGAGCCCUUUAGUGGUUGCCAAACAACUGCUAGCUUGGUUCUCAGAGCCAACUGUUCGUGAUAAAGUUACAAGAGUUGUUUUGCUGUGGGUUAAUAAUCAUUUUACUGAUUUUGAAACUGACCCAACUAUGAUGGAAUUUUUGGAAAGUUUUGAGACUGCUUUGGAAAAUAAUAAGAUGGAAAGUCAAUUGAGACUGCUGAAUAUUGCCUGCUCUGCAAAAGCUAGAACCAGAAGUGUAACACUAUCUCGUCCCUCUAGAGAUGAACCUUUAAAUUUUACAAUUCUAGGAGGAUAUGAAAGGGGAUAUGGCAUAUUUAUAUUCAAAGUUGAAAAACACUCAAAAGCAGAAGAAGUAGGGUUGAAAAGAGGGGAUCAAGUCAUUGAGGUUAAUGGACAAUCCUUUCAACAUGUCAGUCAUGCCAAAGCUAUGGAAAUUAUAACUGGUUCAACACAUUUGAGCAUCACUGUUAAAAGCAAUUUGUUAAGUUUUAAACAAAUGUUAUUGAUGCCCGAAAAUUCGCCUCGACAGCGUGGUUGUGCCAAUAUGGUGCGCUGGCAAACUGACCCUAGGGCUCGACUUUCUACAGCAGAGUUAUUGACUGAUGAUCCUAUUAUAUUGACACCUGUUUUUCAAUCUCCCACCAAAAAACCACAACAGCUAAGCAUUAAGAAAGAACCUCAAAAGGGCUUUAUGACAUUGGGUCCGAAAAGAAGAUUACAAAAAGCUUUAAUGAAAAUGAACAUUCUUCCAAAAAAUACUAUCACAGAUGGUUUGCAUAAUGAUGAUAGCAUAUUGUCUAAUUCUGAAUCUCUCAACAAACCUAAUUCAAGUACCUCAUUUUAUAAUUCCCAUAGUAAUCCUGACUUGAUUUCAAUUUGUUAUGAUGAAUAUCAGUCAUCCGAUUAUCCUGAACAUGUACUAAAAGUAUACAGAGCAGAUCAAACAUGCAAAUAUCUUCUGGUACACAAAGAAACAACAGCACGGGAAGUGGUGAUGUUGACUUUACAAGAAUUUGGCAUCACGGAUCCAAGUUCUAACUUUUCUUUGUGUGAAGUGUCUGUUGCACAAGGAGGUAUAAUAAAACAACAUCGCUUACCUGAUCAACUUCAAAAUCUUGCUGAGCGAAUCGGGCUCAGUUCGAGGUAUUAUUUAAAAACAAAUGGUAUUAGUGAGACUUUAGUCCCUGAUGAAAUGGCUCCAGAAUUACUGCGAGAGAGUGUUGUCCAUUUUCUACAGUUAAAUGCUGUGGAAGUAGCAGUGCAGUUAACACUGCAAGAUUUUUGUAUCUUUCGACAAAUUGAAAGUACUGAAUAUGUAGAUGAUUUGUUUGAACUAAAAAGCAGGUAUGGUACUCCCAUGCUAUCACAAUUUGCAGAGCUUGUGAAUAAAGAAAUGUUCUGGGUAGUGACAGAAGUUGUUAAUGAACAAAAUAUUGUUCGUCGUUCUAAAAUAAUAAAGCAGUUCAUAAAAGUGGCGAGACAUUGCAAGGAAUGCAAAAAUUUCAACUCUAUGUUUGCUAUUAUAUCAGGUUUAGGACAUGGUGCAGUAUCUAGAUUGAGAAUGACUUGGGAAAAAUUACCCACCAAAUAUUACAAACUUUUCACUGAUCUCCAAAUGCUAAUGGACCCUUCUAGGAAUAUGUCUAAAUAUAGACAAUUGGUAACAACUGAGCAAGGCAGAUCUCCAGUUAUUCCAUUUUAUCCAGUUGUAAAGAAAGACCUUACUUUUAUUCACCUUGGUAAUGAUACCAAAGUAGAAGGAAUGGUCAACUUUGAAAAACUUCGAAUGAUAGCUAAAGAAGUUCGAACUCUCACUAACAUGUGUAGCUCCCCUUAUGAUUUGUUUUCAUUAUUGGAGCUGGGUAAACAACCACCAUCAAGUGCAAUGGUUGCACUAAAUCAACUUACAACAGGUGGUGUCCAACAAGGUCAAGUAACUGUGAAGAGACGAAAAAAAUCAUCAAAUGUCCCAAAUCCUAAAAAGAUGUUUGAAGAAGCACAAAUGGUUCGAAGGGUGAAAGCAUAUCUGAAUCGCAUGCACGUCGAAACUGACGAGGAACGUUUGCAUGCUUUGUCGCUUGAGUGCGAGGGAGCCGGGCCGGCCCCCGCGAUGCCUCGCCGCCGACACCCAUCACCUUCUCUCUCUACAACCAGUAGUGCAUCAUCGGCAAGCGAGAGUAAAAAGAGUUUUGCCGGUAAUAAAUUCGGAACUGCUUCUCCUCAAGCAGUGAAGAAGUUGUUGGCUUUAUCAGAGCCAGCUAAAACGAGGCCACAUCAGCCACGACCACCACCACCGCCUGGACCGUCGCCUUGUUCCCACCGCCGUGACGGUCCCGGUCCAGGCAUUUGCUGUCCCCGCUCAGCUCAUGAAAGAUCACACUCUGAUACACCGACGCCCUUACCUGUCGAUUUGUCAGCGGAAAGUAGUAGUGUAACAUCUCUAGUAAACUUGCCACUGCGAAAAACGGGGUCAGCAACUUCGAGUGAUAGUGGGCACGGCUCUUGUACUGCUCCGAGUUGCGCUCGGCCUGUGCCUCCACCGCGCAUGCCCCAGCCGUAUACGCUCGCCGCCCAAGUGGCCCGCCUCGAGCGCCUCAGUCGAGCGCACUCUCACGAGGGAGUCACGAGGCCGUACGAUUACUACCAUGACACGCCAGAUGACGAUGACGACGAUCAACAAGUAUCAGCCGUUUAAAUUUUUAAAUACUCUUAAAUCAAUGUCUAUUUAUAUAGUUCACUGUUCUGUAAUCUCAAUUGACAAAUAGAAAGCACAUGUUUAUAUAAUUUUCAUAAUUAACAUUAUAUUAUGUACUCUUACAGCUAAGUCUAAAGACUGUAUAAUUAAGACAAUUUCUUAGUGUUAUAUAGUGUAAAAUUUUCAUUAUUUAGUAAGCCAUGCCUCUAAAUACUAAUUAAUUAUUAUAAUUAUAAUGUGACCCACCAUUUCCAGUUUUACCUAGAAAAUGAUGUUUGAUGUAUACCAAUUAAAAUGUGACCUAUUGUGAAUUCACCAGUUGGUAUAUCUACAUUCCGUUAUUUGUGUAAUAUAUUAAUAAUGUUCAUUAUUUAUAAUUGUGAAACUUAGACCAAAUAAUAAUUAAUGUACCUUUUAACAUUUAUGAUUGAAAUUAUUUUAUGUUGUAGUAAUGUGGUAGCUUUGUGGACCAACAUUGGGUUUGAAUGUUAUUUUUCAUGGUAGCAGCUUCUGUUCUGUUAAUAUCAUGAUACAUGGUUUUAAUCCUAUACAUAAUUGUAAAUAAUAAAUACUAUUACCUACUAUAAAUAAUUU